AUGAAUAUGCAAGAAGCGAUGAAGAACCAAAACGACGUUUCUAUGUUCCUUGCAGGGAAAGUAAUCUCUGCCGUCGCCGAAAACUCUAACUUUGUCUUCUCUCCGGCAUCGAUCAACGCCGUUCUCACCAUGACUGCUGCCACCUCUGACAGCAAAUCAUUAAAAUCCUUCAUCCUCUCCUUUCUUAGGUCUUCUUCCACCGAAGAGAUCAACGCCAUCUUCCACGAACUCGCUUCCGUCGUCCUCAGAGACGGAAGCGAAAGAGGCGGGCCUAAAAUCGCGGCGGUUAAUGGUGUGUGGAUGGAGCAAUCGCUUUCGUGUAACCCCGACUGGGAAGAUCUCUUUCAGAAGUUGUUCAAGGCUAGUUUCACUCAAGUUGAUUUCCGAAACAAGGUUAGUUUCUGA